AUGCAAGAACAGAUAGAACGUGAGUUACAAGAUUUGCGGGACCAAGUGGAGUAUUCUCAGUUAGAAGCCGAACUUUUGGCAGUCGAUCAGGCAGACGAAAGAUAUAGUGACUGCGGAAGCAUGCGUAGUUUAUCAAAGGCUGUAGCUGGUAACAGGGUUAAUAUGAAGGUAGACGUAAAAAAUUCGACACCACAGGACAGAGCUUUCUACAAGACAGAUCACCCCUCAACUCGGCCUGAGUUAGUCAAAUCGCCACCCGAAUCAGUGGUCGAUAGCAAGCAAGGGAUUGCGUCCCUUUCUGAGAAAUGCAAUGACACGGAGCCAUCUUCACCCGAGUUUAAACCAAGCGUUGACAAAACUAAACCUGAUUUAACAACUACAUUACUCGAAAUGAAUCUGCAAUUGGUUAGUGCCAUGAAGCAGGGAACCGAAACAACCACCGUUAUGAAAGCCAUGUUACAGCGGCAAGGGAUUCCGAAACCCCAGCCAAUGAAAUUUAGAGGUGACCCUGCUCAGUUUCCUGUUUUUAAGAAGCGGGUGGAGGUUUGGUUAAACGAAAGAGAGUUUGAUGAAAGAGAAAAAAUAACUCGUCUUCUCAGUUUCGUAGAAGGUGAUGCUAGAGACGCAAUUGAACAUUGUGAACUGAAAUCAAACGGUUUUAGUCAAGCCAUGAAAAUGUUAGAGCCUCAGUAUGGUCAUCCUUCUAGCGUAGUCAAUGCAUCCCUAAAACGAGUCACGGUGGGUCCUCUCAUUGAAAGGGGAGACAACAACUCUCUCGCUAAGCUCAGAAAUAAUUUACGUUCCUGUUUAGAAGUCUUAAAGGACAAUGAGAAUUACAAACAGGAAAUUAAUGCAUCAUCUAACGUUGAGAGAGUUGUUGAUCGUUUGCCAAUGCACAUGCGGAUAGAGUGGGUAAAGAAUGUUCCAAAAAUUCGUCAUGAGACCAAAUUGAACCCCACAUUACAGCAUGUUCUAGAGCUAGUAGAAAGACAACUCAGAAUCAUGAACGGUCCCCA